AUGGCUGAAGAGCUGCAGCAAGGUUCUCAAGGACAAGAAGGCUUUAAGCUUGAGGACAACGCGCCAAUUAAUGUCAAGGUUGUAAGCUCAACUGGAGACGAGGUUUUUUUCAAAAUCAAGAGCAACACCAAGUUGAGCAAGCUUCAAGGCGCUUAUGCUACUAAAGUCGGUAAGGAUGUGGGCAGCAUUCGAUUUUUGUACGACGGAUCGAGAAUCAACGACGAUGAUACGCCUGCAAGCCUCGAAAUGGAGGACAAUGAUACGAUCGAUGUGAUGGUAGAACGUGCGCACUCUUCCAGUUUCUUCGUUGCUUUCCUAAUUUUUGAUCUCAUUAUCCUCUUUUUGGAUAUGCAGAGGUUGGCGGUUCAUCUCCUGCAUAUUUGUACAGUCGUCGCCCAUAAUUGUAACACUACGGUUUAUUUGCUUCCUUGUCAAUCUGACGACUAUUCAUAA